AGAGAGAGAAACACAAUGAGAAAGGAGGAGAUGGCGGCGGCGGUGUGAGCUCUUGGAGGGAAAAAGGGGAAGGGUGGCAAGCUUAUGCAGGGCCACAGUCAUCACUCACCAAGCAGUCGGCUUUAACUCCGCCUUCUGGGGCUGGCUCUGCUGUGCUCGUUGGCAAUCCGAAUCCAGGGUUUGGGUUGGGGACAGGAAGAGGGGCCGCAAGGGCGACGAGAGCAGUGGCCACAAGGACGGCAACAAAACGAAUUGGGUUCAUGAUUGAGGCUUUUUUGGUCGAGUCGAGUUCUGCAGAAAC